AUGGGGAGACCUAUGAUAUGGAAUCACAAGACUUUGCAGCUGCGUCGAUAUGGCACAAGUACAAGGACAAGGACAACUCAUCCACCAAUCGUUAGGAUCAACAAUGGCACAUUUUAUCGACAUCAUCCAAAUUCACAUCAUCAUGUUCCCGGACAUGCGAAUCCUGCUCUAUUCGAGAAAUUGAACUUUGAGAUACCUUCAUUUUCAGAAGGAGAGAAGCAUUGGGCGAUACUUGGAGCUUCAUCGUCUGGGAAAACUACACUAUUGCAGAUUUUAAGAGGAGGUCUUCUAUGUAUUCCGCCAACAGCGCGAUCAUAUCCAUACCUCAGUAACGAUGCUUCCAAGCCACGAACUCCGACCAAGGCAAUCAAAUAUGUGGGAUUUGAUGGGGAACAAGGAUUGGGAAAACAGGCUCCGAAAAGCGCAUAUCUGAGUGCGAGAUAUGAGUCGAGGAGAGAGGAUACAGAUUUUAGCGUAUGGGAUUAUCUACAAGGGAAUACGGAGCUCAAUCCUUCGACGAAGAUAGAUGCCAGUGGUUUUGAUCCCGAGAUACUCGUUCGUGUGAUAAAUGAUUUGCGAUUGGGGGAAUUGUUGAAUAUGCCGGUAUCGAAUCUGAGUAACGGGCAAACGAGAAGAUCGAGAAUUGCGAGAGCGUUAUUGGAAAAACCGGAAGUGUUGCUUUUGGAUGAACCUUUGAUGGGAUUGGAUCCUCCUACGUUGUUAACUUUGAGUCCAAUGUUGCAUCGAUUGGCUAAGGCGAAUACUCCGAGACUUGUUUUGUCGUUGAGACCGCAGGAUCCUAUACCGCAUUGGAUAACGGAUUUGGUAUAUUUGAAGGGAAAUUGUGAAGUUGCUUUCUUGGGACCAAAGGACGAUGUUUUGGAUCAAUUGAGAGAACAUGUUGAGAGGAGUAGGGAUGGAAGUGAUGAAUUGAGUCUCCAUUUGACGCCGUCAUCUUUGAAGGAGAUUGGGAGGAAGUUAACUUUGGAGGGGAUUGAGCGGCCUAGCUUUGAGAAAAGUGUGGCUACAGGUGGCAACUCAACCGUCGCCGCAAAGAAUGUUCCGGAAAGCGCAGGUCCAAUGAGUCGUGAUGGUUACCCUCUGAAUGAUGUUAAGCCAUCAGAGACGGGUGAAGCACUCAUCGAGAUGGAAGGUGCUCGAGUAAAGUAUGGAGAUAAAUCUGUUCUUGGUAACUGGACUGAGACAGUAAACGGUGUCGAGAAAGACGGCUUAUGGUGGAACGUCAAAAGAGGUGAGAGAUGGGGUAUUUUCGGUCCAAAUGGUUCUGGGAAAACAACUCUUCUGUCUCUGAUCUGUUCUGAUCACCCUCAAACCUACUCUCUCCCCAUCCGUCUAUUUGGAAAGUCUAGAUUACCCGAACCUGGAAAGCCUGGGAUAUCGAUUUUUGAUCUCCAAUCCAAAAUUGGACACUCCAGUCCCGAGAUUCAUAAUCACAUUCCUCGUAAUUUGACUUUGAGGAAAGUUCUCGCCAAUGCUUGGGCAGAUACUUUCAUGGGAUUACCAAAAUUAAAUAAUAAUGCGAAUGAACGCAUCGAUGCAGCAUUGAGAUGGUUUGAACAAGAUCUGAGGUUAGGAGGAGCUACUGGUCAAGAUAAUGGGAAUGAAUCUCUAUCAUGGGCUGAUGAUAUCUUGUUUCGCGAAAUGCCAUUUUCAUCUCAAAGAGUAGCACUAUUUCUUCGGGCCAUAAUCAAAGCACCAGAUUUAGUCAUUCUAGAUGAAGCAUUCAGCGGUAUGGACGAUGGUGUUCGUGAUCGAUGUCUUUUGUUCCUAGCCCAUGGCGAAGAAAAACAAUUCGCACACGUUCAACACGAAUUAUCAGUCAAUGAAACGGAGAGAAAAGCGCAGAAUCUUCAGAUUGUUGAAUCAAAUAUCUCGAAGGGAGGGAGGGUAAAAGUUAAAGGAUUGGAUCAGAAUCAAGCACUUCUUUGCAUUAGUCAUGUGAGAGAAGAGAUACCGGGGAGUGUGAGGGAGUGGAUUUGCUUACCGGAGGCGAAUACGGGGAAAGGAGCUAGGUUUGGGAGGUUGAAUGGGCCAAUUGAGGGGGAUUGGAGGAGGUGGGGUGAGAUUUGGGGGUUGGGUAGUUAG